CUCCUCUGUUCUCAUUUUAGUGAAAGCUGGUGGGAUGCGAAUUGUGCAGAAACACCCGCAUUCUGGAGAUGCCAAAGAAGAGAAGGACAAGGACGACCAGGAAUGGGAAAGCCCCAGUCCGCCUAAGCCAACUGUGUUCAUCUCCGGUGUCAUCGCCCGGGGCGACAAAGACUUCCCCCCAGCAGCCGCCCAGGUGGCCCACCAGAAGCCCCACGCCUCCAUGGACAAGCAUCCGUCCCCGAGGCCCCAGCACAUCCAGCAGCCUCGCAAGUGAGCAGCGGGGACCCAGCGUCCCCCCUGGCGGUGCCUCAGUCCCCGAUGUUUUGAAUUUCCCUGGCAAAGACAACUGGCACCUUCUUCGAGAUGCUGCUCCCUGGGGAAGUCUGACACAAAGCAGAGCACCCUUCCUUUGCCUUAAAUUUCCAUGUCUAAAAUUAGAAAUGGUCAGACAAAACCUUUUUUCCAGGGAGCGCUGGUUGGUGUCAUUUGAGAUCAUUGUGCCCCCAAAGGGCCAUUAGCAGGACUUACCAAGACCUCAGUAAAAUGAGGCUGUUCAAGUCUAACUUCAGUUCUGUUUCAGCAAUUGCCUGAAGGCUUUGUGGUCUUAAAAACAAGAGAGCACAAAUUUGAAGGAUUAGACUCAGAUUAGAGGAAAAGCUUAAUGAUUUCACGCUUUUAAUAAGUAGGACAAUAACAUCUUAACUCCUAGGGGAGGGGUAGGAAUCACGGUGGUGGGUUUCAGAAAGGCAGAGCAGAGCAGACCUGGCAUGGGCAACAGCAUCCCGGACCUUCCCCUUCCCUCCCUGUGCGCUGCGGGAUCACUGUGCAGGCGACACCGAGCUCUCCCAGGAAAACGAGAACCUCACCUUAUUCCAGCGGCAUCUUGCUGAAAAAUUACAAUUCAGGCAGUUUCACCAAAGGGAAUACUUCUGGAAUGAGAUAUCUCAGUGUGAGCCAACUCAGGUCCUGCUUCAUGAUCCUCACACACUCUGCCCGGGAACCUGCAUUUUCCAGGAAUCCCCUCUACAACUGCCUUUGAGUGCUUGUAGUAAUCACUGGCCAGGUGGAGGAAUAGCCGGUAGCUAAUUCUGGAACAUUAGAGCAAGAACACUGAAUGCAUGGAAAGACCAGAUAAAAACCUGCCCUUUGUCUCCUUAGGGAAAGGCAGAAACACCACAUUCCAUUUGAGCUAGAAAAUCCUGUCAGUCAGUCAGUCCAACUGUCCAGAAUUCCUUCUGCCCGAGCGCACAUUAGUCUGGGCCCAAGUCCAUUUGGGCACAUUAGAUUGUCAGCUUGUGUCUUCUACCCAUAGCCACCCUGGACUGCUCAGUGGCUCACAGCUGCAGAGCACACUCUUUUUCUUAAAAGCCAAAGAGCUUGUUUUCCCAGACUUUAAAGUCUUCAGAGCAGAUGCUUUGGAGAGGGUGCAGCCCCAUCUGUCCUGCUCCCCAGCAGUUGCGUUUGCUGCAGGUUGGCAAUGAGGCGCACAUGCCAUCAGCCUUUGGGAUGCCCUUAUCAAACCCACUGCCAGCCAGUAAAAAUAGCACAUACCUAGUCAGGCCCACUCGUCACUGUUCCCUAAGGGAGAAGCACAGCGCUGCUUCACAUUCCAAAGGCAGCAUUUGGUUUCCCAUCUCACUGACUUGCUGGGAGCCAGGUUCUAACUAUCAAGGCACCAUGAUGUCACACUGGUAUUGCUUAAUUGCUGAGACAUUGGUGUAAACUGAGGCUGACUUUUGAAGGUACAGAUCAGGUGGGCAGCACUGCCAUGGGAUACACUGAACAGGCAGUGCUGGGUCAGGCUCAUGCAGACCAUUGCACCCUCUGCUACAGAAAUUAAGGUGCAUCCUUCAUACUUUUUAGUUCUGCAGCCAGACGUACUGUGCUGUUUCCCCAGAUACAUUUUUCAUGUAUUUUAGCUACAUCUGGCAUGUAUCCAUGGGCUGUAUGUAGGUCACUGAAUGCAAACUUUUCCUGAAUGAGUUCACCAUUGUCAACCUCAAAAUAGUGAUUAUAAUAAAGCUUCUGCAUUUCUUCUCAUA